AUGAACGAUCACACAUAUUGCAAAAGGACGUGCGAGUCCGAAACACAGUUGUACCAGUAUAAUUUGAGCAUCAUAUCCUUUUCAAAAUGCAUCUGUUUGACGGUACACCAGAGGAAAACGCACGGUGAGAAACCAUGCUCGUGUAACGUGCGCAACAAGUGGCUUAAUCGAAGCUAUAAUCUGACGAAGAUACAUGAGGGCGAGAAUCGGUACCAGUGUGAUGUGUGCGGUAAGUUGUUCAAUCACAACAACACUUUGAUAAAUCACCAGCGGACUCACACGGGUGAGAAACCAUUCCCAUGUGAUGUGUGCGGUAAGAUGUUCCGUCAAACCAGCACUUUGAUCCAUCACAAGCGGACUCACACGGACGAGAGACCGUUCCUAUGUGGAGUGUGCGACAAGUCAUUCCUCCGAAGAAGCCAUUUGACGGAACACCAAAGGAUGCACACAGGUGAGAGACCAUACCCAUGUGAUGUGUGUGGCAAGUCGUUCAUAAAAAGCUCCAGCAUGAAGAGACACCGGUUGAUUCACUCAGAACUGAUCAGAGAUAUUUGA